CCACCGCUGUUCUACACCAUUGAAUCUUUCAAACAUUCGCUCCAAUUUGUAAUAGUGAAUACUUGAUGAAAACAAAAGACAUAUGAUGAGGUUCAAGUACCUAUUUAUGAGAAGAUUAAUGAAAUAUAGCAUGAGAAGUCAAAGUCAGAGCUGCACUGAGGUAGGUCUAUGUACUGUGACACCUUUCCAUUAAGCCAUAAUCUACCUUCUGUCAGCAGAGGGCCUCCCAGAACGUCGUCUUCAAGCAUCAAGCUCCAGAAUUCCCAUCCAGACUCAAGAAAAUGAAGAAUAUAGAGCUUUUGUGCUCUCUAUGAAGAUCACCAACAGCAUCUACAACCAAUCACUUGAAGACCACAACUCAGAUGAUUACGUGAAGCUCUCAGGUGACGUUAGAAACUUGUUCCAACAGAUCUUUGGCUGUUUGGAAUGUGCCACCUAUCAGACUUACAAAGGUGUUGCAGACAUAACCUUCAGCAAUGGAUCAGUGAUCACAGAUUCCACACUGGUGUUCAACACUAUGUUCCUGAUCAAUGGUGACAUUAUCAAGAAUAUAUUUUAUGAUGCAAUACAGACUGGUUCUCUAAAUACCAGUAUCAGUGUGAACCCUACAUAUACAAAUUGUAAGACUUCAUUUGUAUUUUGCCCAUUUAAUAUGAAUUUAUAUCUCUAUCAAAAAUUGCUGGAUUAA